AUGAGUACCUAUCAGCACAGUUUUCCUGAUGGCAAUAUUGGAACUGUCACUUCCGUUUUGAGUAACACUGACGUGGAGAUCGUGCGGAAAAACCAAGAAAUGGAAAAAGAGAAGCUGCCGCAGAAUGCUUGGCAAAAGUUCAUGAGAGCCCUGGAGGUUCCUCACGAAGACAAACCUCUAUCUGCCCUGCGAAACCCUGAUCUUGAGCCUAUUUUGGUGGAGGAACGGACGUGGGGGUUUUGGUCGUUUUUCGCAUACUGGGGUCUUCCUAACUUCGCUGUGGCGACUUUCUCCACCGGCUCUGCCUUGCUGGCGCUAGAUUUGAACAUUCAGCAAUCCAUCGGUUCCUUGGUGAUAGCAAAUGUGCUCAUAGCAGUCUUCACCAUUUUGAACUCCAACCCGGGUGUUAAAUAUCACAUCGGGUAUACGCUAAGUCAAAGAAUGAUUUUUGGAAUCUACGGCUCUUACGUGGGUAUCAUAAUCCGUGUUGGUAUAUCGGUGGUGUUCUACGGCUACCAAGCAUGGCUUGGCGGUCUUUGUAUCAACAUGGUGUUCGAUUCGUUUUCUCAAAAUUAUUUGCACAUGAAGGACACCUUCCCAGAAUCAGUGCCCAUGGCAAAAAAAGAUCUUAUCGGUUUUCUUUGUUUCCAAUUGAUUCAGAUGCCCUUUGCAUUCGUGAGGCCAAGUCGUGUCAAUAUUCCAUCCAUCGUGACGUGCUUCAUGACGCUGUUCUCAAUCAUCGGAAUGCUGGCAUACCUCGUCCAAACAAACGGCGGCCCCGGCCCAUUGUACUACAAGGAGGUGAUGCUCUCUUCGAGUCAGAGAUCCUGGAUGUGGCUAUACUCUAUGACGAUUUGGUAUAGCGGCAUAUCCCCGGCAGUGGCCAACCAAUCCGAUUAUUCUCGUUUCAGUUCCAAAACUUUGUCCUGUUAUUUGGGUCUUUUCAUCGGUAUUGUUGUGCCCGGGACCUUUGUGUCUCUGGCGGGCAUGCUGUGCGCUUCAGCCUGUAAAGGGUUAUAUGGCUCCGCGUACUGGACACCCAAUGAAAUUGUGGAAGAAUGGCUGAGUAAUGACUACUCGUCAAAAGCACGCGCCGCAGCAUUCUUUAUCGGUAUUAGCUUUACGGGCUCUCAAGUUUUCCUGAACUUGACCCAAAAUGGCUAUGCAUGCGGAAUGGAUCUUGCAGGGAUAUUUCCACGUUACAUUGAUGUAACUCGUGGUACCCUCUUUGCUCAAUUAAUAUCUUGGGUAGUUCAGCCUUGGACCUUUUUCAACACGUCAUCCUCUUUUUUGAAUGCCAUGAGUUCAUUUGGUAUAUUCGUGACACCUAUCAUGACUCUAAACAUUAUCGAAUUUUACUGGAUUCGCAAAUCCAACAUCACCUUGAUAGACUUCUUUACUCUAUCCAAAAAGGGCGCCUAUUGGUAUUCUGCUGGAUUCAACUGGAAGUCUAUGUCAUGCCUCCUAAUUGGUGUAGCUUUAGGGAUACCUGGCCUCGUUUACCAAUCAGAACCUGAUCUUAAAGCGAAUUCGGCGAUGAUGAACUAUUAUUACGGCUACAUGUUUUUUAUCCCGCUCGUGACAGGCGUGCUGUAUUUCGGGCUGACGUAUGCGUUUCCUGUUCAUCAUGAAAAAAUGUGUCAAAAUGAUCCUUUAGACUUUUUCAAUUGUUUCUCUGAUGAGGAGUUGAAGAAACUGGGAAUGCUACCGUUUCAGGCUGACAUGUGCGAGUAUCUGGAAGCGCAAGAACCUCGAUAUAGUAAAGAAAAAACUGUUGUCAAUGACGGGAAGAAGCAUGACAAUAUACAGGAGUGCUCCAAUUCCAAUUAA